UCUUUCAAUCCCACUCCUCCAUUUAGUUAAUCUCUAUUAUAUCCAUUAAUUCACAGCAACCCUUCAAGGCCACACCAAAAACCAAGAAAAUGAUGAACCGAAUUCUCUUCUUUCUCUCAUUUACAUCACUAUUCCACUUCCAUUUCGGCACAACCCUAGCUCAGUCCCCAGCAGCGUCCCCGGCAGCACCCCCGUCUUUAUCGACUGUUCCCCUCACGGCAGCGCCCCCAACGCCUGGUACCGCCAACAUUAUCAAAAUCCUGGAAAAGGAUGGCCACUUUACCCUCUUUGUCCGGCUUCUGAAAAAUACCCAUGUGGGCGAUCAAGAGCAGGGCGAGCUCAGGGACUCAAACAAUGGCCUAACUCUAUUUGCACCUUCCGAUAGCGCGUUUUCGACCCUCACAUCCGGCACUAUCAACUCUCUCAACGAUCUACAGCAGACCGAGCUCGUGCAGUUUCAUUUCCUACCUACCUUUAUCACCACAACACUUUUCCAAACUGUGAGCAAUCCAUUGCGGACACAAGCCGGUGAUACCGCUCCCGAUCAGUUCCCGCUUAACGUGACGACCACCGGCAACCAAGUGACGGUAUCAACCGGCGUUAUGAAAGCUUCAGUAUCUGGCACAGUCUAUACGGAUGGCAAGCUUGCUGUGUAUCAGGUCGACAGUGUUCUUCUUCCUUCCAAAAUUUUUGGUCCUCAGGCGAAGAAGGCGAUACCGGCCGCCGCCGCCAACAGUCCAACGUCCUCUUCUUCCAAUGACGGUGCAGACGCCGUUGCCUCUGGUGCAGUUAGUCUUACUACCAUGCAUGGAAUGGUGGUGACUAUUGGAGUUUCUGUGGCUGCAGCAUCAUUUCUUUUGUGACAAUAGACGGUGAUGAUUGUGCCAGCAUGGACAUCUGGAGUUCAUUUGUUUGGUGCCUGAUAUGAUUUUGCUGAGUCAGAUUGAACGGCGGUAAUCGACGCUUUGAGUGCCUCCGUAAUAAUUCCCAAGUGUAAAGAUUGAACCAUGAGUUUCAUUUUUUUUUUUUUUUUUUGUAAUUUUGAUCUGUAUUUUUCUUUCAUUUGUUUUUGCUGUUACUUGUAUUUCUUUUGUUAUUUUCUGACUUUGAUGUAAUUUGUAUUUCUUCUUUUCCAACUUUUGCGUAAUGGGAGAUUGUGCACCAUUUUUCCAAGAAUGCUUCAAUCAGUGGAAUAAGAAUAUCAAACCAUUUUUUCAUACAAUUCUACACAUUUUUAAUUAGAGUUCAAAUAUGAAAACUCUGACAUUUACAACAUAUGAGUGUCAUUUACUUAUCUUAUU